AUGGCUGGUAAUCCUUCUCAAUUGGCGGGCCCAUUCAGUGACACCACAAGAGUUGCCUUUAACCUUUACAUUGCGGAUCCUAUAAGCCGGAAUAGAUUUUACAUUAGUGAGUCGGACUAUGUUAUGCUUACUGACUUCUAUCUCAACCCGACCAAGUCUGCAAAGACUGUGAAGGCAGACAACCUCAAGUACCGUUCCAAAACCGAAUUUGUUCUGAAAGAGGGUAGGCUCCAGAAGAGAAUUGGAGAUGGGGAUUUGUGCAACCAGCUCCCAGGCAUCGAUAAAACGUACAAGAACAUUAGAGAAUGUUAUUUCGGGAUUAUCAAAUUCUUUGGACCUUCGAUCAUCCUGCAGUGUGAUAAUGGUAGUGAGUUUAAAGGGGCUUUGCUUACUAUUUUGCAAAAGUUCGGGAUUAAGAUUAUCAAUGGAAGGCCUAGACAUCUACAGUCUCAGGCACUCAUCGAACAAUAUCAGACUACUACCCGUAACACACCGUAUGAGAUAGUCUUCAAGCAACAUCCCAACCCAAACAACCGUAUCCUUCCAAGAUUCCGUGAAUAUGCACAGGUCAAAGAUAGGUCAGUUGCUGAUAUCAAUAUGAUAAAGAUAAAGAGACUGCACAGUAAUGCAACUCAGGUUGACAAUUCAAUUCCCAUCGGCCCUACUGUACUCAACUCAACUCACGAGAUUGAACCAAUUGAAUAA